AUGGCAUUUUUGCCCGUUGACGGCUCCGUUUCGACACAUUCGAAUGCGACUCAGAAACCUUCAUCUGAUAAAUCACCAUCUUCUGACAUCAUUUCAUGUUUAAAUGCGAUUGGUGAUAAGCUGUUGACUUCCAACUCUCCCGAAUGGUUGGACGCAAUAAAACCGUACAACUUACGUAUUGCUCCGAUCCCUGCUGCUAUGAUCUUCCCCAAAAACGAAGAAAGUGUUUCAGCAAUUGUGGCGUGUGCGAGUCAAUUCCCUCAAACCCGAUUAGCACCUCUAUGUGGCGGACAUUCUUUCGCAUCUUUCGGACUUGGUGGUGUAGAUGGUGCAGUGGUAGUCAAUAUGCAAAACUUCAAGGACAUGAGUAUGCUACCAGCUGUUGAUGGUGCUGAGGUUGUUAAAGUUGGGGGUGGUGUCUUAGUGAGAGAGUUGACAUUGUUUUUGAUCAAAAAUGGCGGACUCUCCUGGCCACAUGCACGUUAUACUGAGGUUGGAGUUGUUGGUUCAGCCAUUGGAGGUGGAUUUGGUCCUUCCUCGCGCCUCGUGGGAACAACUCUUGAUAACGUUGUGGCCGUCAACAUCGUCUUGCCCAGCGGCAAACUUGUUCGCGCGACCAAGAGCGAGAAUCCUGAUAUCUUCUUCGCUGUCUUGGGUGCCGGCUCAAGCUUUGGGAUCAUCGUGUCUAUCGAGUUGAGAGUCCAUAAGCCGUAUGCUAACCCGGUGACAUAUAUCUACCAGUGGCAAAAUCCGACUCUCGAAGAAGCUACAACAGCUUUUACCACCUUUCAAGACUUUGGCAUCAACUCAGCACCCCCAGAGUUAGGUAUACGGAUUCGACUUGGCCUUCCUUCGAACAUGUUCAUACAAGGACUUUAUUAUGGAGACAUCAAAGAAUUCCCUUCGAUCAUGAAGCCUGUAUUGAGCAAACUUCCUAUGCCGACGUCUGCAAAUAUAUCUGCUUCGACUUUUGCUGAAUCGGAGGCGUUGUUCACUGGCCCACUUGAAGCUGCACCAGCCGAGAAAAUUCAUGGUGUCACAUAUACACGAUCUCUUUUGACAUUCGAGCCCUUGAAAGCGUCUGCUAUCAGCUCUUUUAUUGCUCGAAUCUACGAUCAUGGCCAAGAGAAACGACCGGCUGGCUUUCAAAUUCAAAUCUUCUCAGAUUUAUGGGGCGGGUUCAAAUCCUACAGCAGUAAGAUGAUUACAAAAAGCGGCGAAUACAGUUUUCCCCAUAGUCAGGCAUUGCUCUUGAUCCGUAGCGAUGGGGUCUUCCUCAAUCAAACGACACCAGACGCAUGGCCAAAGGAUGGUAUCGCAUUUACCCAAUCCUUCACCAAACCUCUGUUUGAUAGUAUUCAAAGACCUAGAAGUUAUCCUAAUUACCGAGACUCAGCCUAUAGUCAAGCAGAAUGGUCCACCAGAUACUAUGACGAUCAAUAUAGUAAGCUUCAACGUAUCAAAACACAGAUUGAUCCCAUUGGAAUGAUGUCUGCAAAUCCACAAAGUAUCUUACCCAGCUCAUUUGCUCAAGUGAGACAUAACACAUCCGGUCCAUCAGUUUAA